CUUUAAUAAAACUUUAUUACACAAAAGCUCCGAGAGAUCAAGCCUCGUCUCUGGCCCUGGAUUGAAUUCUUCUCCUCCAGGGGCCAAGAAUCCCGGUGUAUUCGCGUGAUUCAACUACAACCUUUCAGGAUCUGCAAAGAGACAGUGAGUCAUGUCCAACAGCACAGCAUGGCAGGUGGGUCUUUGGGGAAGUUUCCCUGAAUGAAGGCAAGAAAGACCAGGUUGGGAGGCAGGAGGGUGACCUUUGGAUACUGGGGUCUAAGAAGCCCCGGCUCUGACAGGAAUCACCCACCCCUCUUCCCUGGAAUAUGUUGGUCACUUGUCUGUUAAUGUACCUAAAGGUAGCUUCAUCUUUUUAGGUUAUGGUAGUAUGGAGUUUACUAGCUUCAUACACUUGGCUCUUAUGAGCCAUACUGUCUGUGGCUAAUCCUUGGUGUCCACUUCCUUGAGACUAAAACUACAAAUGGUCUCCCCUAGGAGGGUGGCGCAUGAACCUAUUGUGUUAGAGGUGGGAGCACUGGCAGCUCACACAUUCCUGGGGGACGGACUGGAGAGGGGAUGCAGCCACCUUCAGAGAUGAAAGCCACCUGUUUCCUGGUUUCUAUUGACAACUAAAACAUUGGAGAUGAAGGAUCUUUGGAGACCUAAAUAUCUAACUAAGUCUUUCCUGUACAGAUGGUAAAGAAAAGGACGUGAAUUCUAUCUCAUGAGUCAGAGGUGGAGCUGGGGCUAAAGUCAGCUUCUGCCUUGGCCAGAGGCUGGCCUCACUAAGGACCUAAGCCUUCAGUGACCCGCUGCAGGCCACUGGCUGCAGGAUUUCCAUGACACUGAGCAGGAUCAGCAGGGCCAAGCGGCCAGGGGAGCCUGCUGCUGCUUUGCGGGAUGGAGAAGUCCACACCCCUUCUGUACCCGGUUCCCUGUCUGUGCACAGAGGAGUUGCUUCAGAUGCUUAGAUCUCUAGGACUCUUCAGCUCUGAUGAUCUAAGUGUUCAAUAAAAGACAUGAUUUUUUUCUUUGACUAGGAGGUGGGAGCCUGGCUCCAGUCUCAACUCAGCCUUAACUUUUGAUGAGAAUUUGGGCAAGUCGCUUGAGCUUCCCUGGUGGCUCAGACGGUAAAGCGUCUGCCUGCAAUGUGAGAGACCCGGCUUCGAUCCCUGGGUUGGGAAGAUCUCCUGGAGAAGGAAAUGGCAACCCACUCCAGUACUCUUGCCUGGAGAAUCCCACGGAUGGAGGAGCCUGGUAGGCUACAGUCCACGGGGUCGCAAAGAGUCAGACACGACUGAGUGAGUGCUUUGCCUUUGCCUUUGGACGAGUCGCUGCCCUGCCCAGAGUCAGUCCCCCCAUCCCCACCCAAAAGGAGGAUAAGUGAUCUCUCCUCAGGGCCUCUAGAAGCACCAGGCAAAGCAGUGGAUCACAGGUGCUUUGGGUGGUAGAGAUUGAUGGGAGAAGUGCCUGUCAUCGGUAUUGGAAGCAUAUGUCUAUGUUCCCACCCGAAAAUGAUUCGCUGUUUGUGAGCCCAGGACAAGCUAGCUGCUCCAAGGGGUUCGUCCCUUGGGGCAAGCUGCUAGGAGAGAGACCACUUAGAGUAUCACAGCAGAAGAGGAGGGAGUGUACAGAGGGCCCUCAGAGACUGGUAGACGAGCAGCCCUCCCUGAGUCACCAGCCUCUGAGAUGGGAGAAAUGUAGCAUCACAAGCCAGAAGGGCUCAGAGCUGGCCACCUGGCAAACUGUCUACUUCUACAGAUGGCGAGGCUGAGGUUUUGAAUGGGGCAGGGGCAGGACUUAAACUCAGGCUUUCACUCCCUUGUCCAACUCUCUCUACCCCAUGGUACAUUUGCCUCCCCUCAGAGAUCCAACGAUGGUGAUAUAGUGGUGGUGAUAAUGAUAACUAUUCCAUUUAAUAAGUGCCUACUCACCUACCUGCUCACUGCAAUGACCAUCCCCACUGUAGCCCCUCGAGCCACAAACACACAAUGGGGAUGCUACCCAGACCCAGGUGCUGCUUGUGCUGUGGGGCCCUCGGGGUCCUGCAGAGUUAAGUGCUAUGGAUGGUGCUGGGUUUGAGAGGUAAGAGGCAGGGGAGGUUCAGAGGGAGAACUUGGCCCGCUUUGGAGGACGAGUGAAGGAAGAAAUAAUAAUAGGUUGAAAGAGGUAAGAUUUAUUGAACAUAUAAGUACCAGGGACGGUGCUAAGUGCCUCACCUUGCAUCAUUUAAUCAUCACAACAACUCCACAAGGUAGGUUUCAUUAUCCGAAUUCUACAGAAGAGAAAAAUGAAGCUCAGGAACUUCAGAGAUUGGCCUAGGGACACAAGGAUGGGAAGCAGUGAAUGGGUCUGGCUGGCUCUGACUCCGGAGUCCACACUCCAGUCUAGGACUGAGUGUGAGCAUUGCAGGCUGUGAGCCAGUUCUGGGAAGGAGGUUUAGGUCCCCACAUCUGGGGGUCUUUGGGCAUCAAGGAUCUGAAUCCCUCAUUUUUACCAAUGAAGAGGAUGAAGUUCUGGGGGCAGGAGCGAUGUCUGCCUCAAAGCCAUGCAGGAAACACUGGCAGAGAAUGCUAGAAAGCAAGCCUUGACUUUACCCCUCUUUUCCAGGACUGUGGGAGGGCCUUAUCCUGAAGAUCGGUCUCGGAUGCUGCUGCAUGUAAAGGCCUGCCAACCCUGCCCAGGCCUGUGGGGGUCCACUCUCAGCCAUCCGAGCACAGUCCCUUCCCUGCCACUUCUCUCUGUGCUGCUUUGGGGUGCUCUCCUGUGGGCUGGCUCCCUCCCUGAUCUGGCCUGGAGGACAGAGACCUUCACUCUGGGGGUGCUGGGUCCCUGGGGCUGUGACUCCUUCUUUGCCCAGGCCCUCCCCAGUGUGGCUGCCCAGCUGGCUGUGGACCGAGCCAACCAGGACCCCUCACUGAUGCUGGGCUCACGCCUGGCUUCCAUGGUUCUUCCCAUGGGCCGUGACAGCCCUAGUGCCCUGGCCACAUUCCUGGCCCACAAGAACACCAUGGCUGCUUUCGUGGGCCCUGUCAAUCCUGGUUACUGUCCAGCUGCCGUUCUGCUGGCCCAAGGCUGGGGCAAGACCUUCUUCUUCUGGGCGUGUGGGGAUACAGGGGGAGGAGGUGAGCUGGUGCCCACCUUGCCUUUGGCUGCCCACAUGCUGCUCUCUGUCAUGAGAAACUUUGGCUGGGCUCAUGUGGCUAUCGUGUCCUCCCACCAGAACAUCUGGCUGGCUACUGCCUGGCAGGUGGCCAUGACUCUCAGGACACACGGGCUGCCUGUGGGGCUGGUGACCUCUCUGGGACCUGGGGAGCAGGGGGCCAUGGAGGUCCUGAAGCAGCUUUGCAGUGUGGAUGGCCUGAAAAGUAAGUGUACGUGGGUGCCUUCCUCCUACCCUAGCCCAGACUUCACAUGGCUGGUGAUAGGGAGUUUUCUUGUAUCAGCCACUAGGCUGAGCCCUGUGGUGCUGUGCAUGCACUCAGUGCUCCUGGGCCGCUCCGAGCAGACCGCCCUGCUGAGCAGGGCGUGGGCCCGGGGCCUGACAGACGGGAGGCUGGUCUCCCUGUCCUACGACACGCUGCUCUUCACCUUGCCCUCCUGUGACCACUCCUAUCGGGCCCUGGGCACUGGCAGGCCCCUGCAGGAGGCGUGCGAUGUGGUACUGACCGUCGGCUUGGAGUCCAGCCUCAGAGACAAGGCCUUUGAAGCUUCUGGGGCAGAUGGAGAGGCAGCUGUGUACCUGGAGCCAGCAGGCUGGUUGGCGCAGACCCUCACGGGCCGGCGCGAACGUCCCUCACCCACCCGGCCAACCGGUCAGCAGCCCCCUGGAGGCCUCCUCACGCUGGCCCUGGCCUGUGUCCUGGUGCUGGCCGGUGGGGCCCUCACUUGCCUCAUCAGAUGGGGGAGUGACGACAGCUCCAUCUUCUCUGUCCUGCGCUUUGCUCACCUCCAGAUGGAGAAUCCGGUAGCUGCAGCUGAUGCGGGGCCCCCACCGGAUCCUGCUGACGGCCCAGGAGCUCACCUUCAUCCAGCAGCCCCUGAGCAGAUGGGUGGAGGCUGCACUGGACAGUGUGAGCAAAUCAAGAAGUAUGGCAGACGGCAGGAGCCUGAGGUCUAUGGCCCAGUGGUCAGCAAGGAGCCUACAGGCCCCCAGGAGCCCGCCAACAUGGCUCUCAAGUCGGUGGCAGGGCUAGAAGUGGGAAGCAGGACUUCCAACUCCCAGUUACCCAUGUUUUGUGACCUGACCUUGGGAAACAACCAGUCCCCGGCCACUUGGAUCCAGGCAUUGCUGGGAGAGUUGGUGUGGCUAAAGAGAUUUGAAGGUGAAACAGCCCCUGAGCUGCGGCCAAGCUGCCUUAGAGUCCUCAGAAAGCAUCCCCCAUGUCACACCCCCAGCCCAUAUGAUCAUCUCCGUGACAACCAGGGCACAGCCAUCUCCACCACUAUCAUCACAGGUGGUCUGGUGUUGGAGCACUGUGCUGGGGGCAACCUGAAGGACCUGCUGAGGAAUGAGGCUCUGCGGCUGGACUGGACCUUCAAGGCCUCCCUGCUGCUGGAUUUGAUCCAUGGGGUGCAGUAUCUACACCAUCGGCAUUUCCCUCAUGGCCGCCUCAAGUCCCGAAACUGCGUGGUAGAUGGGCGCUUUGUGCUGAAGGUCACUGACCACAGUUAUGCAGAGCUCCUGGAUGCUCAGAGGACUCCCUGUCCCCAGCCAGCCCCAGAAGAGCUGCUGUGGACGGCUCCAGAGCUGCUGCGGGGGCCCGGAGCACCCAGGCGGGGCACCCUCAGAGGAGACACCUUCAGCAUCGGCAUUAUCCUGCAGGAGGUGCUGACUCGAGGCCCGCCCUAUGGUUCCUCGGGGCUCCCAGCGGAAGACCCCAGUGCCGGGGCCCACCUUCAGAAACACCGCCUCUGCGUCUGUGUUCUCUCUCAGGGCUCCCUGGGCUCUGUGCUGCUCUUUCAGGCCCUUCAGGCCAGUGCUCCUGAGACUUCAGGGACCCCAGGGUUGCCCUGCAUUGGGCUGUCAGUCCGGACCUGCUACUUCCUGGCUGCACUUUUCCUGAUCUCAGGGAAAAUCAUCAGGAAGGUGGUAUGUCUCCCUCCCCUGUGCCAGCCCCUGGUGUCCCCUGACCACGGGCCACCUGAGUGCAUCCAGCUAAUGGAGCAGUGCUGGAAGGAGGCUCCAGAGGACAGACCCAAUCUGGACCAGAUCUAUAGCCAGGCCAGUGCCACCAGAGGAGCUGGCUACUCACAAGAAACAGUGAAUCAGUUCACCUCACUUUGCCCAUUGGGGGCCCCCCCACAGUGGAAUUUUGCCAAGGGGAGGUUCAGUGAACCAGAGGGGCAUCCAGACAGUGCUCUGCUGAUCUUCAUGGAUAAAUUGGGAUUUUCAUUCCAUUUUCAGUUCGAAAGCAUCAGCCAAGGCAAGAAGACCAGUGUUGCUGACCCUAUGCUGCGGAUGCUGGAGAAGUAUUUCCAAAGCCUGGAGGACCUGACCCAGGAGCGGACUGAGGAGCUGGAGCUGGAGAGACAGACAGAAAGGUUGCUCUCUAGGAUGCUGCCCCCGUCUGUGACUGAAGCUCUGAAAAUGGGGGCAGCCGUGGAGCCAGAGUACUUUGAUCAGGUUACCAUAUACUUCAGGGUUGUGGGCUUUACCACCGUCGCAGCCCUGAGUGAGCCCAUUGAGGUGGUGGGCUUGCUCAGUGACCUCUACACAUUGUUUGAUGAGGUUCUGGGCAACCAUGACGCGUAUAAGGUAAGAGGACUCGGAGGCAGGCAUUCCAUCUCUCUCUCUCCUCUACGUUGCGUUUGCAUCACACCUAUAUUUCCAGUCAUUUACUUAUGCAUCUUCUAUCAGUAAGCUAUUGCUGUGUAACAAACAACCCCCAAACCCAAUAGUGUAAAACAAUACACAUCUAUUCUUGCUCACAAGCCUAUAGGUCCAGCUAGAAAAUUCUCUGGAUUCGGCUGGGCUCACUCAUACAUUUGUGGUCAGUGUGGGUGAGAGGAAGCUCUCCUGAUUUUGGCUGGACUCUGAGUGCCUUGGCUGAGACAACUCGGUUCUGGUCCACAUGGUACCUCACCCUCUAGCAGGCGAGUUGGUAUUAUUUAAAAGGUUUGGCAGAGUUCUGAGAGAGAAAGCAGAAGUUCAGAAGUCUUUUUAAAUCUAAGCUGAAACUGGGUACAUUAUUUUUGACAUAUUCUAUAGGUCAAAGUAAGUCAAAAGACCAGCCUAGAUUCAAGAGGUAGGAAAAUAAAUUCUACUUGUUCCAGGUGAGGGUCGACAGAUGAAUCAGCUUCUGGGCCUGCCCACAGGGAGCUCUCAGUGCUGUCUGUAAAAGAGGAAGACAACUGUGAAAUUGAUGAUCUGGGGAGGCAGAGGAGGCUGAGAGGGCCUCUAAUCCAGCUGGGAGUAGAUGUUUAGAGUAAAGAGCAAGGAAGUCUUCCUGGAAGAGGUGCUGGCUUCCUAGCAUUGUCCAUCCCGGGUGUGGUUGCUCUGGGCAAGCAAUGGGGUAAUAAUGUACUAAAUUUUGAGGCUUGAGAGGGUGGCCCUAGUGAGUGUGAGAAAUGCCAAAUGGGCUUUGAUGGCUGGCCAUGAAGUGGGCCAUCAGUGGAAGUGGGUGGGAGACCCUGGAGCGGGCAGCAGGGGCCUUGGCAGAGCCACCAACCCCCUCCAUGAUCUAGUCCCCGUGUACCUCUCAAUCCUGGGUUUGAGUCCCACCCUGGACACCAGCUUCUGUGUCACUUUGGUUUCCCCUCUCUGGGCCUCUGUUUCCUUAUUUAUUAAUAUAAAACAGGAAUAAUGAUUCCUGUCCCAGGGGAUUCAUAGAUGAUGGGCAGAUUUUCUCCCCCUGGUAGAAAUUCUGUGUAAAGCUGUAAGCCUGUGAAAGUGAAUAGCCUUCUGCCCUCUCUGCCUGCCAUGGGGGCCUUCCCAACCCAACCCUGCCCCUAUUCUGAUCCCAUUGUUGGGGGUCCCAGAUCAGCCUCAGACAUGGUGGAGGAGGUGGGGAGGAGCUCCCAGGAGACAGCCAUACCCUGGCUCCCCUGCUCUUCACCUUCACUUGUGACCUGCCAGCCCCCUUCCUGCCACAGCCCUCCAGGAAGACUGGGGCUGGAGAGGGCCAGGCCCUGGGCUGGGCUGAAGCCAGGAAGGGAAGGGUGCAUGGGCAGGAAGUUUCAGAGGUGAGAACUAACUCUUUGAGGUGCCAGGUAACCUGCUGAUAGCAUUACACACAGUAUCCAGGCAGCAGUAGUCACCAGUAUUUAUUGAGUGCUUACUGUAUACUGCACACUGGUAUGCAGUCUGUUGCUGCUGCUGCUAAGUUGCUAAGUCGUGUCUGACUGUUAGCGACCCCAUGGACUGCAGCCUACCAGGCUCCUCCAUCCAUGGGAUUUUCCAGGCAAGAGUACUGGAGUGGGGUGCCAUUGCCUUCUCCGGGUAUGCAGUCUAGAUGCCUUAUAUGUAUCGUACCAUUUGAUCAUCAUAACAACAUAACAAGCUGUGAGGUAGGUACUAGCACCCCUAAUUUACUGAUGAAGAAACAUGGGGUUGAGCAGCUGGACUCAGCAGGACGUGAAGCUGAGACUUGAACUUGGACAUUCUGAAAACUAGCUACCUCAGGGGUCAUGGUCCUCCCAGGACCCAGACCUCCUCAGGAUAAAGCCACAGGUUCACAGCCGGCCCUCCAGGAGUGGGCCCCGCCUCCCUCCCCAGUGACUCUCACUCUGCCUCUGUGCCCUCUGCAUUCCUCACACAGGCUUUGCUCUCUUGCUGUCUCUAGCCACGAGGUCUUCACACAUGCUGUUCCCUCCUCCUGGAACCCUGCUCACCCUCCUCUUCUGCUCCCUCCUGGUGUCAGGUUAGCGUCCCUGCCCUCGCACCCGUAGUUAGGAGCUCUUGCGUGAUGCUCACCUAACAACCCCCGGACGUGUCGGUUCCAACCUAAACCACUCUGUCCCCAGUGCUUGGCAAUGUCCAACAUGUGGUGGGUCCUCAGAAAAUAUGUGUUGACUAAAUGAGGAGCUCACUAAGGCCCAGAGAGGGAAACGACUUGCCCGAGAUCACACAGCUGGUAGGUGACAGAGCCAGGACAGGAGCCUGCCAAGUCCACCACCACUGCCCAGAUCUGUUCACUGCCCCACACUGACCAGCGGACAGCUGAGCUGCUGAUAUUCCUAGCACACAGCUUCCCUCCUGUUUCCCAUUCAGGACUCCAAGUUCCUGCCCCAGCCCACGGCCUGAGGCAUUCUCUGUCAUGCUGGCUGUGUUCCCCUCUUGUCUCCAGAGCCUAGGAAAAGAUUCUUCAUCUCCUCGUGCUGGGCCCUGCAGCUUUGAUGCGCCCUGAGUCACCCCUGGCCUUGUCUCUUCCUCUCCUGCUAGUCUUUUCUCACACAUGUGUCCCUCUCAGCUCUGAAUCACGCUUUCUGAUCUGCUCUGAACUCUGGCCAGGAGGUCUGCAUCUUUCUGGCAGACCGGAAUGAAAUAAAACAAGGCCUGCACACCCGUCCAGAUGUAGGGAAAUGGGAGGCCGGGUCCUUCCCAAGUGCAGGCGGCUCUCUCAUCGCUCACUCAGCUGCCUUGGGUUCCCCUCCAUUCCAGCAGGAUCUGGUUACUGCUCUUUAAUCCAGUCUGGGCUGGGAGGCAGCCAGGUGAUUAUUUCCUGGUUCCCAAGGGGUCUGCGAUUCCCUCCCAGCAGAUACUGAGAGAGCACUUUCAUGGACAGAACUCCAUAGCAGGGCCCUGUGGGCUGCCGGGUGGUGGGGGG